ACUCCGCUCUAUAAAAGAGCCCUGCGUCCGCGGCGCCACUCCACUUCCACCACCACCACCACCACCGCCCGGCGAGAGGAGAGCAGAGGAGGAGCGAGCAGCCGGCGGCGAGAUGAUGCAGAUCUUCGUGAAGACGCCGACCGGGGAGACCGUGACGCUCGAGGUCGAGAGCUGCGCGGCCGUCGACAGCGUCAAGGCCAAGAUCCACGACAAGGAAGGUAUCCAGCCGGACCAGCAGCGCCUCAUCUUCGCGGGGAAGCAGCUCGACGAUGGCCGCACCCUGACCGACUACAGCAUCCACAAGGAGUCCACGAUCCACCUCGCGCUGCGCCUCGUCGGCGGUGGCAAGGGCGGGUUCUACCCCACCAGGAUGGAGCCUAACCUGCGCAUGCUCGCGCUCAAGUACAGGCAGCACAGGCUUGUGUGCCGCAAGUGCUAUGCACGCCUGCCCCUCAGGUCUGCCAACUGCCGCAAGAAGAAGUGCGGCCACAGCAAUGACAUCAGGCCCAAGGAGAAGCUGCGCCCCCACUGAAGCGUUGGAAACAUAACUAGGUGACAUGCGAUAGCUGGAUUAACUGGGAAUUCAAUGUUCGGUUCGAGUCUUAGUUUCAGUUAAAUGUUGCUUCUGGAAUCUAGAACCCUAUGCUCUUGUAUCAGUUUCUCUCGUAGUACUGUCCAAUUUGCUCUUGCAUGAAUGAUGAAAUUAAUCAGGUAUUUGAGGUCUACUAGCUUGAAUGGAUGAUGAAGUCAA